AUGUUGUUUCGGCGGGCACCCGCAGACAGCCUGCAGCAGCAGCAGCAGCAGCAGCAGCAGCAGCAGCAGCAGCAGCAGCAGCAGCAGCAGCAGGAGGUGCAGGGUUUAGAGUGUGGGGCCCUCGGGGCUUUGGCGGCUGCAGCCCCGGCCUCGAUUUCAGCGCGCCGAGCUCUCCGCCGCCUCACCUCGCUGCAGCAGCAGCAGCAACUCCAGCAGCAGCAGCAGCAGCAACAACAACUCCAGCAGCAGCAGCAGCAGCAACUGCAGCAGCAGCAGCAACUGCAGCAGCAGCAGCGGCAGCAACUGCAGCAACAGCUGCAGCCGUAA